AUGGCGGAGAGGCCGGAGGACCUAAACCUGCCCAAUGCUGUAAUCACCAGAAUCAUCAAGGAGGCACUCCUGGAUGGUGUCAACAGCUCCAAGGAGGCCCAGAGUGCCAUCUCCCGCGCCGCCAGCAUCUUCGUGCUGUACGCCACAUCCUGUGCCAACAACUUUGCGAUGAAAGGGGAAUGCAAGACACUGAAUGCCAGCGAUGUGCUGUCCACCAUGGAGGAGAUGGAGUUUCAGCGGUUCGUUACCCCAUUAAAAGAAGCUCUGGAAGCUUAUAGGAGGGAGCAGAAAGGCAAGAAGGAAGCUUCAGAGCAAAAGAAGAAAGACAAAGACAAAAAAACAGGUCCGGAAGAGCAAGACAAAAGCAGGGAUGAAGAUGAGGGAAGGCUGGAGGAAGAAGAACAGAAUGAAGAGGAGGAAGUAGACAACUGA